CUAAGACCAACGUGGGUUGGGACCAUUACUUCAAGUUCUAUAAGAACCCAUCACAAACCACAAUUCUAAAAUCAAGUCUUUCAUACACAACUCAACUACCUUUUCAUUUCCUAAGAGUUUGAACAUUAGUUGACUCUAAAAAAUGAAGAUGGGUGCUAUUGGAGGCUCUAAAAGAAGGCUAUCAUCAUCAUCUAGUAGAGGACUUGGAGGAGUCCUUAAGGAGCAAAGGGCUAGGCUAUACAUAAUAAGAAGGUGUGUGGUCAUGCUUCUAUGUUGGCAUGAGUAAUUGAAAGUACACAUGUGUUUGGUAAACACUAAAAUCGCGGCGAAAAAUCACAGUGGAUCAGAAGCUACACAUUGGAACUUCUAAAAUUCGCAUUGAGAGUGCUUUGAACUCGUGGUAGCAGUGUCCACCGUUCAACCAAACACAUG